AAUUAGCUGGAUUUCUGAUUUUGAUAACAUGAAUUUUGAGAUAUUUUGUUACCUAAUAAAUUAGGAGGUUGAAAUAGUGGAUAGGGUUUCUAAUCUCUCUAGUGCAGGACCACACUAAGAUCACAAGAUCCACAAGCUAAAGGGAUGGAUCAUCAGUUGCAGCAGUACAUGUGCGGCCUCUGCUGCAAACUUAACUGCUUCCGCUUUGAUUUAAACAUAUUAAGCCCACACCUGAGCGGCAAAGUACUAGUCAUCCAAAUAGUUCAUGCUCGUUCUCAAGGAUGCUAUGAUUGGGAGAUCGAAACAAGCGGCGGCCCUCCCCAAAUUCUUCGUUAUUGCGACGGCGGUGGUGGUGGUGGCGGAUCAGCCGAGGGAGGAGCCCACGAAUGGGAGUUGAGACCUGGAGGAAUGUUGGUUUAGAAACGAAACCCUGAUUCCACAACAAAAGCUUUGGUUCUUCUUCUUUCUUUCUCUUCUGCGUCGUUUUCUCCGAUAGGUGUUUAAAUUUUUUCUUGCUUUUUGUUUACUUCUUUUUUUUUUUUCUGGUUCUUAGAUUCUCUGUUUUCUUGAAUUUGAUUUUGUGCAUAAUGAGGGUCUUGUUUGUGUAUUGAUUUUGCUCAAAUAUGUUUUGACAUAACCUUGUCUUUUUUAGCUUUAGUAUUUGAGAGAUCCUUGUGGUUGUAAUUUUUUUUCUUUUUUGAAUAAUUUUUAUUUUAAGGU